CAAUAUCGAUAACCCUUACCUAACCAUAACCUUAACCCUUGCAUGAACCUUUUUAAAUGUAAACUUCAAUGGGAAAGGGACGUCCCAAAGAUCCCGGAUUGCAUGGACCCCCCAAUAGGAGCUCAGCCGACUUGGACUUGAAUGAGGUGGGUGGUGAGCUCAGAAGCCCAGCAGACAGACUGAUACAAAGUAGCACAAGCUGUCUGUUCACAAACAUCAGGGAUACUGGAGUACCUACCGCAGGCUGCGGUCCGGGUAGGGGGAGGGGGAGGACGAAGGCAACUGAGACCCUAGACCACUGACUUCCACCCGCAGAAGAUUUUACCGAGAAAUAAAAUAUCGUAUGUUUUUUUUUUGUGAUUCCUGCCCCGCCGCGCGCAUGAAAAGUGAACUGGAGAGAUAUUCGAGACGUUUUUCGUUUAGCUUUCCAGAUGUAAAUGUUCAACUUCAUGGGUCUAAUAAACGGUACAGCGGCCAUACAGACCAAUGUAUCCUGUACAUGUAACUGCAAACGCUCGACUUCAUUCCAAAGCAUGGAGAUCACCCAGUUGGAGUUUGUGCAGAUCCUGGUGAUCGUUGUGGUGAUGAUGGUGAUGGUGGUAGUGAUCACCUGCCUGCUCAACCACUACCGCCUGUCAGAACGCUCCUUCAUCUCCAGGGACAGCCAGGCCCGCAGACGCCACCUACCACUGGCCUCUGAUGGGAGUCUGUGGUCCUCAGAUGGCCCAGGGCCCGCCAGUGGAAUGAGCGAGCAGCAGGUGUACACCACGCGUCCCCCGGACCGCGUCCCCUCCUAUCUGCAGAGGGAGCGUCUGGCCCGCUUCCAGCCCACCUACCCCUACCUGCCCCACCCCAUCAUUGACCUGCCGCCCACCAUCUCGCUGUCGGACGGCGAAGAGCCUCCGCCCUACCAGGGCCCCUGCACUCUGCAGCUCCGCGACCCCGAGCAGCAGAUGGAGCUUAACAGGGAGUCGGUGCGUGCACCCCCCAACCGCACAGUCUAUGACAGCCACCUCCUCGACACCUCCCUGUGCCCACCGCCCAGCCUCAACUCCGGGGUCAGCACUACCACGGUAGCCACGGCUGCCCAGGCCUACUCCAGCCGAGUGGAAGGGGCACCACCAACUUAUAGCGAGGUGAUAGGGCACUACUACCACCCCUCUUCACUACCCAGGCACCACCACCAGACUUCCAGUGGGGACAGGGGCGCAGGGCGUGGAGUCAGGUUAGGAGGCCCGGGUCCCUCGUCGCCGUCCUUGCUACUCCACGGGAUUCUCAAGCAGGCCCACCUGAGCAGCCUGGAGAGCAGGAAUGUGCGCAACAAAAAGGAGAAGCAGACGCCUGAACAGGUGUGACGACAGUGUUGGUCUCGGGCAUUGUUUUCCGAGGCUGCUUUCUCCUUCUCCGCGCACUUUAGCUGAACUGUUGGUGGCAAGCAGGGUUGGAGAGGGUGACAUGCAGGGGAGGGGGGGACAGGCGCACAAAGAAAAAGGACUGCACUCCCCUCUUAACUUUACCCCCGGUCACCGUCUUACUGAAACCCGCCACCCCUAAACUUACGUUGUAUAAAUAUUUACUUGUUUUUUUCCUUGCUUACAGCUUUUUUUUCUGUACUGGUAAAUGCAAAAACAACAAAACAAAAUUCUCUCCAAGUAUUUAGGUUUAUUUUGUUUUCUCUGCAUAAUUUCUAGUUACUUAUCUCCUCGUAGUUUAUCCUUAGUUCCUCCGGAAGUCUUUCAGAAUGACCAGGUCUUCCUUUUUUGAGAUGGUUAUUUUAGUGAGCCUCCCCCGAACCCCUUUCUGGCUUUGAAUACUGUCCGUGUACCUGGCUUGUACAGGGAGGGCAUUGAUAGCACUCUUGUAACAGGUUGACAGUUUCAGGCUCUCACGGGAUCCAAGAUUGAGAUUCAUACGUUAACCCGAGUUAGCCUCUCAGCUCAUGACCCAGUUAGCCUCACUGCCAGACAGAUCCCCAUCACUCCCCGUCAAUCCGCAUCAGAGGGUGCGGUGGUCAACGUUGGCAUCUAUGGAAACACAUGAUUGACAGCUGACUGGGUUUGUGAUGUCAGGCCAUGUGUGUCAACAUGAGUACUGGAGUAGAGUCCUGAGUCUGGGUCAAUUGAGUUCAGCACUGUGCCCACUGAAGUCAUAUAUAUCCACCGUGCUGUACUAUCUAGACCCAUCUGAGGUUAGUACUGUACUUCAGUUCUUUGUCUAUUCGUGUUUAGUACUGUCUGUGGGUCUUUGGCCAGACAAGUUCAGGAGUUCCCGUGUGCGAAUACUCUUCUUGUUUUUUUUAUUAUGAUCUUUUUUAAAGAGAUGUUUGCACACGAUUCAAGACUGUUUAUCUGGAGAAAAAGAAAAUCAAUCUGCAAUAUGUAUCAUAAGAGAGGAGAGCAGCGGUAUUUUUGUAAACAAAUGGAUUCUAAAGAUAAAAAAAUGUUUUUUUUUAAAUGUUUUGCCUGCUCUAGAAGAAAAGGUAAAAACGGUAAUCUGUUGGUGUGCCAACUCAAACGUGUUUAACUUUGUGCUAUCUAUACAUAUACAAAUUAUUGGCACCAUGAUGAAGAUAAGCAAAUAAGUAAAAACAAACAACAUUUUGUCUGUUAUCAUUCUACUUUUUAAAAAUUAAUCUCAGUUUAUGGAACUUUAUUAUGGCCUUCCAUGAAUUCCUGUUUCACUGGGGUAUAAAAAUGAGGUAACACGCAUGUCAAAUCCCUUUGUCAUCCAUCACCAUGGGGAAAGGCAAAUGAAAAGAGACAAAUGGUUGUUGACCUGCAUAAAUCAGGCAAUGGGUACAAAAAACAAAUAUACCACUUACCACUAUUAGGGAAACAAUUAGGGAGUUUAAAACCACUGGAGCAAUGGUAAACUUGCCUGGUAUUGGAUGCAUGUGUAUCUUGUCCCCAUGCACAGUGAGGAAGAUGGUUUAGGAGGCAAUGAACAAUCUAAAGGCCAAAAUUGGAGAAUUACAAAACGUAGUCGUAUCUACAAUUAAAUGCCACUUCCAUGCCAAAAUGUCUUUGGAAUGGUUGCUAGAAAAAAGCCUUUAUUGCAAGCAACCGACAAACGCCUGGAAUUUUCUAAAUGGCAUUGUCACAGAAUGGUACCUGUGCUAUGGUCAGAUGACAAGAAAAUAGAACUCUUUGGCCAAGCACACCAGUGGUGGUUUGGCAUUGAGAGAAGGAUGCAUAUACAGAAAAUAACCUCAUUCCUACUGUAAUAUAUGGUGGUGGGCCUUUGACGUUAACUUGGCCGUAGGUGGACAUUCAAGCAAGACAAUAACCCCAAGCACACAUCAAAAUCCACAGAGAAGUAGUUAAUUGACCAGAAAAUCUAAAUUUUACAAUGGAAAUAAAAGUCUCUGGACUUGAACCCCAUUGAAAACCUAUGGUUUGAAUUAGAGGGCAGUCCAUAAGCGCAGACAAGAUAUAUCAAGGAUCUGGAAAGAUACUGUAUGGAGGAAUGGUCUAAGAUCCCUCCCAAUGUGUUCUCCAGUCUCAUAUAAAACAGGGUGCCGGAGUAUUGAAAACAGGGGUGACAAUAAUUUUGACACCUAUCUUGCAUCUCUGAGCAAUUGUAUUACUAUAAAAUAAUGUCACUUCCCAACUUUUUGGUAGCAUACAAUAUAGCGCAGUAUUUGUAUUAUUUCUUUUACUAAGGUUUUUGCUCAUCUUUAUCAAAUGUGCCAAUCAUUUUAGACAUGACUAUAUAUGUAUCAAUGUAUGUGUGUGUGUGUGCUCUAUAAACAGUACCAGUCAAAAGUUUGGACACACCGACUCAUUCGAAGGUUUUUCUUUAUUUUUUACUUUUUUCUACAUCGUAGAAUAAUAGUGAAGACAUCAAAACAACAUAUGGAAUCAUGUAGUAACCCAAAAAGUCUUUAAAAACUACAUAUAUUUUAUAUUUGAGAUUCUUCAAAGUAGCCAACCUUUGCCUUGAUGACAGCUUUGCACACUCUUGGCAUUCUCUCAAAGAGCUUCAUGAGGUAGUCUCCUGGAAUGCAUUUUAAUUAACAGGUGUGCCUUGGUAAAAGUUCAUUUGUGGAAUUUCUUACCUUAAUGCGUUUGAGCCAAUCAGUUGUGUUGUGCCAAGGUAGGGGUGGUGCGCAGCCGCAAAAACCAUCAAGCGCUAUGAUGAAACUGCCUCUCAUGAGGACCGCCACAGGAAAAGAAGACCCAGAGUUACCUCUGCUGCAGAGGAUACGUUCAUUAGAGUUACCAGCCUCAGAAAUUGCAACAUCAACUGUUCAGAGGAGACUGUGUGAAUCAGGCCUUCAUGGUCGAUUGCUGCAAUUAAACCACUAAUAAAAGACACCAAUAAUAAGAGGAAACAUGCUUGGACCAAAAAACACAAGAAAUGGACAUUAGGUGGGAAUCUGUCCUUUGGUCUGAUGAGUCCAAAUUUGAAAUGUUUGGGUCCAAAAGCCGUGUCUUUGUGAGACGCAGAGUAGGUGAACAGAUGAUCUCCGUGUGUGUGUGGUUCCCACCGUGAAGCAUGGAGGAGGAGGUGUGAUGGUGUAGGGGUUCUUUGCUGGUGACACUGGCAGUAAUGUAUUUAGAAUUCAAGACACACUUAACCAGCAUGGCUACCACAGCAUUCUGCAGUGAUACGCCACCCCAUCUGGUUUGCACUUAGUGGGACGAUCAUUUGUUUUUCAACAGGACAAUGACGCACCACACCUCCAGGCUGUGUAAGGGCUAUUUGACCAAGAAGGAGAGUGAUGGAGUGCUGCAUCAGAUGACCUGGCCGCCACAAUCACCUGACCUCAACCCAAUUGAGAUUGUUUGGGAUGAGUUGGACACUCUUGACUGUUGGAAAAGCAUUCCAGGUGAAGUUGAUUGAGAGAGUGCAAAGCGUGUGCAAAGCUGUCAUCAAGGCGUAACUACUUUGAAGAAUCUAAAAUAUAUUUCGACACUUUUUUGCUUUCUAAAUGAUUCCAUAUGUGUUAUUUCAUUGUUUUGAAAUCUUCACUAUUAUUCCACAAUGUAGAAAAUAUUAAAAAUAAAGAAAAACCUUUGAAUGAGUAGAUGUGUCCAAACUUUUGACUGGUACUGUGUGUAUACAGUUGAAGUCGGAAGUUUACAUACACUUAGGUUGGAGUCAUUAAAACUCGUUUUUCAACCAUUCCACAAGUUUCUUGUUAACAAACUAUAGUUUUGGCAAGUCGGUUAGGACAUCUUCUUUGUGCAUGACAAGUAAUUUGACCAUUAUUCAAGUCUGGUUCAUCCUUGGGAGCAAUUUCUAAAUGCCUGAAGAUACCACGUCCAACUGUACAAACAAUAGUACGCAAGUAUAAACACCAUGGGAACACACAGCCAGAAAGGAGACGCGUUCUGUCUCCUAGAGAUGAACGUACUUUGGUGUGAAAAAUGCAAAUCAAUCCCAGAACAAUAGCAAAGGACCUUGUGAAGAUGCUGGAGGAAACAGGUACAAAAUUAUCUAUAUCCACAGUAAAACGAGCACUAUAUCGACAUAACCUGAAAGGCCACUCAGCAAGGAAGAAGCCACUGCUCCAAAACCGCCAUAAACAAGCCAGACUACGGUUUGCAACUGCACAUGGGGACAAAGAUCGUACUUUUUGUCCUCAGGUCUGAUGAAACAAAAAUAGAACUGUUUUGCCAUAAUGACCACCGUUAUGUUCGGAGGAAAAAGGGGGAGACUUGCAAGCUGAAGAACACCAAGCUGUUUAAAGGCACAGUCAUCUUAGUGUAUGUAAGCUUCUCACCCACUGGAAUUGUGAUACAGUGAAUUAUAAGUGAAAUAAUCUGUCUGUAAACAAUUGUUGGAAAAAUUACCUGUGUCAUGCACAAAGUAGAUGUCCUAACCGAUGUGCCAGAACUAUAGUUUGUUAACAAGACAUUUGUGGUGGUUGAAAAAUGAGUUUUAAUGGCUCCAACCUAAGUUUAUAUAAACUUCUGACUUCAACUAUAUAUAUAUGUGUGUGUAUAUAUAUAUAUAUGUGUGUAUAUAUAUAUAUAUAUAUAUAUAUAUAUAUAUAUAUAUAUAUAUACAGUGGGGCAAAAAAAUAUUUAGUCAGCCACCAAUUGUGCAAGUUCUCCCAGUUAAAAAUAUGAGAGGCCUGUAUUUUCAUCAUAGGUACACUUCAACUAUGACAGACAAAAUGAGAAGAAAAAAAAUCCAGAAAAUCACAUUGUAGGAUUUUUUAUGAAUUUAUUUGCAAAUUAUGGUGGAAAAUAAGUAUUUGGUCAAUAACAAAAGUUUAUCUCAAUACUUUGUUAUAUACCCUUUAUUGGCAAUGACAGAGGUCAAACAUUUUCUGUAAGUCUUCACAAGGUUUUCACACACUGUUGCUGGUAUUUUGGCCCAUUCCUCCAUGCAGAUCUCCUCUAGAGCAGUGAUGUUUUGGGGCUGUUGCUGGGCAACACAGACUUUCAACUCCCUCCAAAGAUUUUCUAUGGGGUUGAGAUCUGGAGACUGGCAAGGCCACUCCAGGACCUUGAAAUGCUUCUUACGAAGCCACCCCUUCGUUGCCCGGGCGGUGUGUUUGGGAUCAUUGUCAUGCUGAAAGACCCAGCCACGUUUCAUCUUCAAUGCCCUUGCUGAUGGUAGGCUUUGUUACUUUGGUCCCAGCUCUCUGCAGGUCAUUCUCUAGGUCCCCCCGUGUGAUUCUGGGAUUUUUGCUCACCGUUCUUGUGAUCAUUUUGACCCCAUGGGGUGAGAUCUUGCGUGGAGCCCCAGAUCGAGGGAGAUUAUCAGUGGUCUUGUAUGUCUUCCAUUUCCUAAUAAUUGCUCCCACAGUUGAUUUCUUCAAACCAAGCUGCUUACCUAUUGCAGAUUCAGUCUUCCCAGCCUGGUGCAGGUCUACAAUUUUGUUUCUGGUGUCCUUUGCCAGCUCUUUGGUCUUGGCCAUAGUGGAGUUUGGAGUGUGACUGUUUGAGGUUGUGGACAGGUGUCUUUUAUACUGAUAACAAGUUCGAACAGGUGCCAUUAAUACAGGUAAUGAGUGGAGAACAGAGGAGCCUCUUAAAGAAGAAGUUACAGGUCUGUGAGAGCCAGAAAUCUUGUUUGUAGGUGACCAAAUACUUAUUUUCCACCAUAAUUUGCAAAUAAAUUAAUUAAAAAUCGUACAAUGUGAUUUUCUGGAUUUUUUUCUCAUUUUGUCUGUCAUAGUUGAAGUGUACAUAUGAUGAAAAUUACAGGCCUUUCUCAUCUUUUUAUGUGGGAGAACUUGCACAAUUGGUGGCUGACUAAAUACUUUUUUGCCCCACUGUAUAUACGUAUAUGGAAACAAAUAAACUAACUUAGAAAUGGCAAUUUUAGAGUUAUUUAUAUAGUCUAAUUGUUAAAAAGAAUUGCACUAUUUGUUAUUACAAUGAAAUGGAACGAGAAAUAAAAAUUCACCUCUAUUGUCAAGGAAACGUGGGGCCCUCAUUUAUAACCGUUGCGUACAUUUUACUCUCAAUAGCUGCGUGCUCUAUUUCUGAAAAAAAUAUAGAGAUUUAUACACUUGGAGGACACCAUACAUGCGCAUGUUUCCCAUUAAAAAUCAGACCUGUCGUAAAACUGUGCACAUGUGAACGAGCAUUAUAACUGCGCCUGAAUAACACCCAUCAUUCACCUUUUAUCGUGACAUUAAUAGCCUUAAUUGCUGUAUAAUUUGAUAGUAUUGAAAUUAGGCCAAUACAUUAUAUCUAAAGGAAAUCUACAUUUGUGAACUUGAUCAAAUGUCUUUGGAGGUGUUGCCAAAAUGUGAACUAUCAAAUAAAUACAAAUAUGAACUAU